CGACUUUCGACAGAGCAUAAAGCCGGAACAACCUUUGGGUCUCUGCAUUCUGAGACCGAAGCCAGAGCGUACGGAUGCGCCAUCGUUAACAACGUCUCCAAACGCGGAACAAAUUGUUCUCUUUCCGGAUCGUCAUGAAAGGGAGCCACUGGAUCCCAGAGUUAGAUGUGCUGCUGAUCUGUCUUUCAAAACUGAGCCAAACGAAAUCAAGAGCUCAAUGGACACACGUUGCAUCUCUUCGGUUGGCGAUUCACCUGGGUCUUCUACUUCGAAACAAGAACAACGCCCUCAUUUAUGUGAGCACUGUGGAAGAUCGUUUACGACGAAAAGCCAUCUACUAAUGCACAUCAGAGUCGUUCACCAAAAACGACGCGAUCAUACCUGUGGGCGCUGUGGUAGAUCGUUUGCCAAAAAAUACACUCUACAAGUACACAUCAACAAUGUUCAUUUGAAACACCGCGAUGUUACUUGUGGGCACUGUGGUAAAUCGUUUACCCGAAAGAACAGUUUACAAGUGCACAUCAAAGGUGUUCAUUUGAAACAACGCCCUCAUUUAUGUGAGCUCUGUGGGAGUUCAUUUACAACAAAAGGCCAUGUGGAACUGCACAUCAGGGUGGUUCACCAAAGGAAACGGUCCUAUAGAUGCAUGCACUGUGGCAAAUCGUUUCCUCGAUAUGCUAAUUUACACACACACCUCAGAGCCGUUCAUUCGGAUCAAAGUACCCACAUAUGUGAGCACUGUGAGAGAGCUUUUUCCGAUAAGCAUCACCUCCAGAAUCAUGUAGCCGUCGUCCACUUGAAAUUACGCCCCCACACGUGUGACCGAUGUGGUAAAUUAUUUUCCUCAAAGUACGAUUUGCAAAGGCACAUCAGUGCUACUCAUUUAGACCAGCGAGAUCACACAUGCGAAUACUGUGGGAAAUCAUUUUCCGUAAUAAACUACCUCAGGGCCCACGUGAAAUCGAUUCAUUUGAGAGAGCAAUCCCACAAAUGUGACCAAUGUGGCAGAUGCUUCCUUCAGAAGGGCGCUCUGAAAAGACACAUUGACGCAGUGCAUUUGAAAUUACGCCCCCAUACGUGUGACCGAUGUGGUAAAUUGUUUUCCUUAAAGUACGCUUUGCAGAGGCACAUCAGUGCUACUCAUUUAGCGCUGCGCCCCUAUACGUGCGAUCAGUGUGACAAAUCGUUUCAUGAGAAGGCCAAACUACAGUAUCACCUCAAUUCUGUACAUUCGAAUAAGAAAAAGAAGAGAACCAAGGGCACUACCGCGGAUUACCCCACCGGUGACUUCCGUCAGUUUUGCAUGCUGUUAUCGUUUUUUGUCACUUGGUUCCGAUCACAUACUGGUAGUCGUGUCUUGUAGACAAAUGUUGCUCUGCGGUGGCUACCCAUUCCGAGCGGUUGGUGUUGUUCACCUCUCUCUUAUUUUUAACUGGGUAGUUUAACCCGCAGGGUUUUGGGGAACCAGUCCAGCAUAUUUGUAUGACUGUGUAUUGUCAAGGGGUAUUUCAAACGUAUUCUUUGCAGAUUCAGAGCAGUUACUGCGUCUAUUUCGAUUCUAAUAUAUAGUGCAUCUGUUGCCACGGUCAUCCGCGGAUUAUCUGUCAGGUGUAUAUGACUGCGGUGGCGCUUAAAAAGUGACCGUUCUCAUUUUUCAUUGAAUCCUGGAAGUAUGCAAACCAUUUUGUCUCGCUAUUCUCAAGUAUUCUCACGAUGACGUAAUUGCUUGGCGCCUUUAUGUCAUUAUUUCUGUACGUGGAGGAGCAGGAACUCGCUAGUCGUUUCCUUUUUAUCCUUUCCUUUCUUGGAAACUGACGGACAGCGUGUCAUUCUACUGUUUAAUCCCAAUUUUACACUUGACUGUCAGUUAUGUGCCUGUUGAGUCCGCUGAGCUUUUGAUAGGUUAGCUUCAAGCCUUCCUGGGCGACCAUAUCUUGCGUACACACUCUGAUCGAAUUGCAGAUGGUCGUAAUCUAUUGAAUACCCGAUGGUAAGUAUCAAGGGUUUAUCGAUCUCUUUGAGAGGAAAGAAUCCACUCGGACUACUGUGGAACCAUAGUUGAUUGCAGGCUGUGGUAAUUUGUGGAUGACACGCGUCAACGGUCGCUCUCUUAUGGAGCCGUUUUGCUCCGCAGUAUGCAGUUACCCUUUCUCCAUACAUUUUAAUCUCGUCACUGCCAUUUGGUCCCUGUAUCUGUUCAGUUCGCCUUACAGUCUCCCACGGUUGUUCACUUUCUGCUUUGCAAUUCAGAAGAGCAUCCCUCUAGAAAUGAACUCUGUGAUGCAUUGUUUGCUCGGAAUGACGGUCCGCAAAUGGGUAUCAAAUCUACUGACAGGGCAGUUGCACACUCAGCUUCGUAUGACAACUCAGUUUCACAAAUCGUAUUGAAGCAGGAAUCCAACGUGCAAGUCUCAUAAUGUGGCGAUGGACUUCAUUACAUGAGGUGUGCUUGGAACUCUGCUCUUCAAUACCGUGAGCUCCCAAUGUGAAUGGAUACGGGCAGCAAUGCGACGUUUGCGUGCAUAUCAUUCUUCUUGGAUACAUUGACAGACCAAGGAUAACGGACCCAAUGAAUAUGCCUACAGUCCACCGCUGUGGAACGCAUCCCCACUUUGCAUUUGUGUCACACCA